UUGUGGAAAUGAUGCUCAUUGUAACACAAAAUACUCGAACAAGUGCGUUCCCAAGGCUGACGAACUAUAUUUAUCAAAUAAGUAGUGAAUGUUGCAUUUAAACAGUGAUUUCAAAGUAUGAAGAAAUUUACUCGUAAAUCCAAUGGUACAACCGGCGAGACAACGACAACAGACAAUGAAUCAAGUUCUGUUCUAUCUUCCUCGACGAACUCUGGUAGUGUGGCCGGUAGGGAGCCGAAGCGUGGUAAGGGCAAGUUCAAAGCUCGGCUCCCGAUGGUCCAGUGGGUUGCUGGUGUGGGUCGUAGCGAGAAGAACAAAAGUGCCAUCAUUUCUACACCACCCUGCUGUGGGCUGAACACUGCCAACGAUAAAGAGAUUCAAACGGAAAAACAAUUUUCCGACAAAUCUGUGCAAUGUGACGAGUUUGAUUGUUACGUAUCAGAAAACAGAUCUCAAUAUACAACCCAUCAGGGAACGACAAUCGAUCCCAUUAUCGAUGAGCAGCUAGACCUGAUCCGUGGAAAUCGUCGUUUUCACGUUCAUCACGGUGGGUGCGACUGCUGCUGCCUGUAUUACGAACCAAAUGCGCCAAUAAUGCUGGGGCCUGGGCAGCUUCCUUUCCGCACUCCGCUGCAUGACGGACGGCGUCGAAGUCUUGACCAGGGCAGUGCAAUCAGUGUGUUCGGGUAUACUAAUCGAUCAGUGGACCUGCACGAGAACUAUCUGCCCGGUGAACAACGUUUGUUUAGGAAAAAUAAUCUCAUAUCUCACCCAAGUGAUAGUGAAAUGUGGAAGAGUAAUCAAAACAGAGUGGCGCGAGUUGAAGGGAAUGUGCGCGUUGAAAAUCAGUGGUAUUCAUCGCAGCCGUCGUUGAAUUAUGUUCCAGAUCCAGAUGCAGAAGAUCGAUCAUUUUCCAGGAAAAAUGCGCACCGAAAAGUAGGCCGCGUGAGUCCGUUUGUGGCGGGGCGGUUGGUUGUGGAAGAAGAAGAUGAAGACGAAGAAGACUGUGAAGUGGAAUACAACGAAAAACCGCACCAAGUGGGAAAUAAUUUAUCGGGUGAGCUCGAGCAGCAGGCUUACUUGGUGUUGGGCAUGAACAGUCAAGCGCGAAGGCCAUUCAGACGGAAAAUAUGUACUCCGCCGUUCAAUAAGCGGAUAACGAUGCCGCCGGAACAUUUCAAGCAAUGGCCAUCGGAAUUAACUUAUGAGACUGAUCAACACAAUAACUACAGACACAGCUUACCCGUUUAUAACUCACAUGACUCUCAAGGCACACAAGUUAUUGUAAACAAUUUUCGACGAACGGGCAAUGUUUUGCAUGGAUCCAUAUCUGAAACCCAGCAUGACGUGUCCGGAGCUAUUGAUAGCAAUUCGAUCUUGUUUCGUAGCACGGCAGAUGAUCUGCAUAGACUAGGGCAAACGGCUAUGGAUUCAAGGCGAAGACGAGACCAACGAAAUUUAGACUCAAACUUUUCAAAACAAAAUGUUGCAGUCCCCAACCGACUCCAUCCGCCACCAAAGUCCGAAGCAACCAGAUCCUCCGUCCCGCCGACAAGCGGUUUGAGCUUGUAUAGUAGACUAAGCGGCAGCAUCCAGAACCUGUUCAUUAGUGGCGGUGGUAGCAGAAGCCAACAGUCCGGUUCGACAUCGACGGCUGCUCGGUCGGGUUUCAGUAAAAGUGAGAACAAUUUGAACGAGCUUAGUAGGCGCCGCGCGGCUCGCGAUCGAUUCUUACCGUUCGGUUCGCGGGGAAAAGUGCGACAGCGACGGGCAAAUAAUUUCCUUACGAGCGGGGGAGGAAGCUUCUUCACGUACAACUACGCCGACGAGGAGGAAAGCAAGUGGAAGAAGUACUUCAGUUUUGGCAGCAUGAAUCUAUUGCGGAAGCAGAAAGCGAAACCGGUUAAUGCAGCGCAAUCGAAAAGAAUUCAAGACUUGGACGGAAGUUUCUUCGAGAAGUUCGGCUCCAUCUUGCGCCAGAAGUCAAUUCACCAUGACGAGCACGUCGUCCUGGAACCCUUCCCGGAGCAACCCGCCGAAAAUCAGUCGUUCAACGCGUCGGAAGCGAUCCGCGAGGCCGACGACAGUGGCAACGAAACGCUUCCGGACAGUGACACCGAGGAGCAGCAGGACAAACAGAACGAGUUUAUUGGCGACGCGUUUGGAUGGAAUAUAGAGGAGCUGUACGAAGAAGUGCUUUUUGAAAUUUUCAACAAUGUAGGUUGUGACGACGAUGAGCUGACCGAAGACAGCUUGGUUCACUACGUUCAGGAUGCAUUUAAAAUUUCCAACGAAAAGCACGAGGAAAUCAAGAAGGUGGCUCGAAACAAGGAACCACCGGAAAUUUGCCUCAACGUGGAAGUAAUCGAGGCCAAAGAACUGGAACCCAAGGACUCGAACGGACUGUCGGACCCAUUUGUGACUAUGUAUAUCGCAUCGAAUCCCACCCAUCGGUACAAUACGUCGGUGAAGUCUGCUACCCUGGAUCCAGUUUGGGAAGAACAUUUUUCACUGCCUAUUGAUGAGAAUGCAAACGAUGCUAAUCUUAUCGUUGAAGUGUGGGACUUUGAUCCGGCAGAAACGGUUAAAGAGAAAAUGAACAAGGUAUUCGAUGUAAAGGGUGUGCGCGGAUUGAGAAAGCUGAUGAAGGAGAUUGCAGUUACGGCUUCUACCGGAAAGCACGACAAUGAGUUGAUCGGUCGAGCCAGUAUUCCAUUGAAGUCCAUACCUGCAUCUGGUUUGGUGAUGUGGUACAAUCUCGACAAGAAGAACAAACUCAAGCGCCAGGGGACGAUUAGGAUAAGACUGAACUUCAGCUCACAGAAAAACAAUCAGGUGGCAGCACAGGAGCACAGGCAUCUUCUUCGAAUACUGCUACUUCACGAGCUGGAAACCUCAAAAGUGGCACCCUACUGGUGGUCCGGAAAGUUCACCACCCAAGGGGAAUACGUACUAACGCAACACUCUGCCCAAAGUAGUCUUUCCUCGACGGCUGGUGCUUUCAUACAGUGGUCCGUUUACAGCGCCAUCCACGCUAAUCACCCGCUCGCUUUCGGGCUGUUUGACGGUAUUCUAGACAAAGUGGUUCGUGCAAUCCAGCUGAAAGCAGUUUCCGAAGAAGAACUGAAACUGUUUUGGGAAGCUACCAAGAAACUCCUUCCGUCCUGCUUUUCCGUAAUUCGCAAACUGCGAAAGAAGACCGCUGGAGAUAAGCUGGUAGUUAAGAUGCUUACCGAUGUUUUGAACAUCAUUGCCAAAGUUGCUCUACUGGAACCCCCAGAGGGUACAGAUCUAUUCCCCAUACAGCAAUACAGUUGGAUCCGAUCGAACACUUUGGAGCCCAACUGGGAUAUUCGAGAGGCGGUUUCUAGUGCUGUCGUCAGUGGCGCUGAAGAUUGGUUCAACAGCAUUAAGGAAGGACAUUUUGUCGAGUCGGGGCUGGAUGAGGAUCGUCUGCAAAAUUUGAUAAAGAUCAUUCAGCUGGUUCGAUCGGAUAUUCAGCGAUCGAUCGAGCACUAUGAUAAACUAUUCCAAGAAAUACUACACUUCCAAUAUACCAAAGAACUUUACAUAACUCAUGAGCUUAAGCUAGCCGAAGUGAUCAAACCGUGUGUGGAGGAAAUUUGCCGAGCCCUGAGGCGCAUCGAAAUCCCCGAGUCCAACACUGCAUUUAUGGAGUACGAAGACAUCAACAUGGGAACGACCUUGUUCGAGCUAUACCUGGUGCUGAAGCGUUUCUCCAAGCUGGGUCCGGCCCUUAGUCCCGGCGAGUCCAACUUUGCCAUCGACGAGUAUCACAAUUGGUUUACGGCCGGUGUGACCCAUUGGUUGGACAUUUCCGUGUAUAAGGCCUUGAUGCGAAUUCACAAGGCUAUUGAGCUGGACAAGCUGCAACCGGUGGACGACACCGUCAAGUAUUCCUCCUCUGCUGUGGAUACGUGUGCAAUCUUCUACCAGAUCAAAAUCUUCUGGCAACAGCUGGACUGGCCCGAUGUGGAAGGAGCCUACAUCUUCGUGGCGAAGAUUGUUGAUGACAUUUGUCGCUGUUGCGUCUUCUACGCUGACCGCAUGUCAGCGCGAGUGGAAAAGCUUGGUUUGGUGGAAAACGUCUACGAAAAGAAGUUCGAAGUUACCCCGGAGUGGUGCCUCGCCAUCAACAACAUCGACUACAUUCGUCAGAGCUUGAAACCCUUCGCCUCUGAGCUCGGCGUUGACGAUAUCAUCAACCGCCUGUCGGAUGUUCAAAGCCCUUCCGAAGCGGAACGAUGUGCACAGACGCUUCGUGCCGUUCUGGAGAAUGCAAUUGAUACCGAAAAGAACAAGAUUUUAGAUCUGGUUGAAAAGCUGGCAAAGAAGAUGGCACCAGCUAUGCGACGAUUCCUGGUGGAAGGGGCCGAACUACUGCAGCAAGAUUCCAACUCCAUGGAUCGAUUGAUGAUGUACAUGGAAGAUUCCCUGUCAAUGCUGAACAGUGAGCUGAACGAAAUCAAUUUUGAGCGAGUGUUGGACGCCAUCUGGAGUGAAUUGACAACAAUUUUGUACGACCUCAUUCAAAGUAAUCUCGAUAAACGCCGUCCCCCAGCAUUUUUCGCAAAUCUACGUGACACGUUGCACAUCAUGGUACAGAAUUUCAAGAGUGCAGAGAAUCGUGAAUCUCAACACGCUUCUGACCGAGACACGUUGAUUCACAUUGAGCGGCUCCUGCAACUUCAUGGAUAUGAAACAACCGAUCUUAUUCAUCAGUAUUACAUCGAUAGAGUCAAGGAGCAGGAGCAGGCCGAGGAGGACAACAUCUUUGGAUUGCUGGCGGUGCAGUGUUUCUUCAAGGGGAACGUUCUGGAGUUGGAGAUCAUGAACGCGCGCAACCUCAGACCGAUGGAUUCCAACGGCACAUGUGACUCUUUUGUGCGAGUGCAUUUCAUACCGGAAGAGCGCUUCGUCGGUGUAACCAAGCCGCGCACGAAUACUCAAUCGAAAACGUUAUUCCCGCUGUAUGAUGAAAAGUUCGUUAUUACAUUCACCCCAGAGCAACGGGCCGUGAAGGACGCCGUCAUUUUGUUCAGCGUGAAGGACAAGGAUCUAUUUGGGAUGUCCAACCAAUACCUCGCCGAGUGUUACUUAAGCUUCAACGAUAUUGCAGACAUUUCUGGAGAGAGCGGUAAAAUUGAACAGAAGCAUAUGAAACUGACCAGGCCGUACCGAUUGGAUACCGACUGCGUGAGGGCACUGGAGUACCGGCAAGGUGAUAAGCAAGCGAAAGAUUUCAUCAAGAAGCUUAGACAGAAAAUGGGUUGAGGAGAACCAUACCAACUGUAGUUUGUGCCUUUUUCUUGGUAAUCCAUCCUUAAUUGUUGAAAGCUGUGUAUCGUUCUUAUUUUAUAACGCUUUAUGUGAAUGCCCCUCAAAGAAAACUAGAGACUUUGUCUAUAAUAAA